GUACCAGCAAAUGCAUUUUAUAUUCUAGACUUCAUUUCUCCAGAAGAAGAAAAAUUUCUGGAGCACCAGGUUUAUUAUGGAACGCCAAAGCCGCAGUGGACAACUUUGUUGAACAGACGGUUACAGCAGUGGGGAGGAAAUCCACAUCCUAAAGGUAUGGUUCGAGAGAAAAUACCUCAGUGGUUAGAGAAAUUUAUGAAAAGAAUCUCCUUACUGGGUGUUUUUGAGAAAGCACCGAAUCAUGUACUCAUUAACGAAUAUGAACCGGGACAAGGUAUUAUGCCUCAUGAAGAUGGACCUUUAUUCUACCCAGCGAUAUCAACAAUCAAUCUUGGGUCACACACCUUGUUGGACUUCUACCAGCAUCAAGAUAAACUUGCAAGUAGUAAACCUAACAAUGGUUCAGUACAAGAAAGCAAUACAACAACGGUGGCAGUUACAGCAGAACCAGCAAAACAGCCAGAUUUUUCUUUACUCCUUGAGCCAAGAAGUUUGUUAAUACUUAAUGAAGAUAUGUACACAUCAUAUUUACAUGGGAUUGAUGAAAGACUCCAAGAUGAGAUGACUGAUAAUAUAAAGAACUUGAUAGAAAAUGGAAGAAAACCAGGUGAACUUUUACAGAGAACAAGAAGAAUUUCACUUACAAUAAGAAAUGUUCCUAAAGUACUGCCAGUGCAGAUACGACUUGGCAAGCGGUGACUUGUAUGCAAAUCCAAUUAGGAGUUCUUGAAUGGGCACCCUCUAUUAUCACCGUGAUUGAUGGGGUUCCCCACGCACAUGUCAUGUCCAUGUCAUGGUGCAGAAUCUUUGGGAAUACAGUACAUAAAAUUCCAAUAUUUUAUAUUUCUAUCAGGUGAAGUGCACGGAUCCCUGACGGAAGCCCCCAGCAAUGGCGUUUCUGCUGAGGGAGAAUAAUCACUGUAAAUGGAUCGGUGUAUACACAACAAAACACUUUAAAAGAUGAUAAGCUCUGGCUUGUGGGCAUGAGCAGAAGAUCCAAGCUCAGUGGCAGAUUCAGGAAUUCGAAAUAGAGGGGGCCCAAGUAGGGACUUUCACAGAUGGAAUGCCUAGACCACUUCAGCCCCACCAUAGUUGGGACUGAGGUAAGAAAAUGUAUGAUAUGGCACCUGUAGAUGGU